GCAGCUCACCUGAUAGCAUCUUCCAAGCCAAAACAUGGGAGACACUGGAGCUGAAGUGCCAAAGGGACAGACGUCCACAGCGGCAGAGAAGCAGCAGCAGCAGCUUCGCCGCCUUCAGGAGCUCAGCUCCAUGAAGAAAAAUACUGCGCGGCUCCGCACGAGGAACCUGCUGACCGGUGUGACCAUUGGAGCGUUUGUGCUGGGAGUUUUCGGCUACACGAUCAUGUCUGUCAGUCAGGAGAAAAUCGUAGACGAGCUGGAUAAGGAAGCUAAGAUUCAUAUCUUCAAGGGUCCACGAACCGGGGCCAACUCCUGACCUGCUGUUGGCAACAAGGACGGCAGCACGUGUGACCGCUGAGGCAGAGCAGCUCCAGGUCACAUCAGCGGAGUUUCCCUCAGUCAGAACACGGACUUUGUUGUCAAAACUCACGCAGGUUUGAUUUUUGUUUUCCAUCUCACAAUGACAUGAAAUCUACGGACAAAAUUGUUGACUGUUUUCAAAAUUCUUCUAAAACAAAAUUCAGCAGUUUCCCAUUUACAGUUCCUCAGCUGGGUAUGGAGUAUAUAUUUUUCUUUUUUUUAGUUGAGAA